GUACCUGCUGGAGGAGGCUGGAAUCACACUCUCCACACGGCGCCAUAUUAGACAGACAUUAGCCUCUCCAGCGGUACAUGGCUGCGGACAGAACCGGGCAAAGGAGCUGUAAUCCGGAUGACAAGUGUCCUCAGGUCUCGGUACGGAUCUAGAUAAGGACUCCGGGUUCUUGCUGUAUGGUCUCCGAUCAGUAACAGACUGAGACUUCUCGGCAGCCCGGUCUGAGGAGGGUUUGUUCCUCUGUUGUUGAGCUAGCUCUCCGGCAGACAUGACUUCCCUCAGUCUGCGGAGUUCAGGCCUGGUGCAGAGGCGGACUGAGGCGUCGAGACAGGCCGCAGACAAGGAGCGUCCCUGCGACCAGGAGGACCCCGAGUCCCGGCGGGGGGACGAGCAGGACGACGACGACACAGGGGACUCCAAAGAGACCCGCCUGACCCUGAUGGAAGAAGUGCUGCUGUUAGGACUGAAGGACCGAGAGGGUUACACCUCCUUCUGGAACGACUGCAUUUCCUCUGGGCUGCGCGGCUGCAUGCUGAUCGAAUUGGCCCUGAGAGGACGCCUGCAGCUGGAGGCCUGUGGCAUGAGGAGGAAAGGUCUGCUGGCGAGGAAGGUGAUCUGUAAGUCCGACGCUCCGACAGGUGACGUCCUCCUGGAUGAGGCUCUCAAACACGUCAAAGACACUCAGCCUCCGGAGACGGUGCAGAGCUGGAUCGAACUCCUCAGCGGAGAGACGUGGAACCCUCUGAAGCUUCACUACCAGCUGAGGAACGUGCGUGAGCGCUUGGCCAAGAACCUGGUGGAGAAAGGCGUCCUGACCACGGAGAAGCAGAACUUCCUGCUCUUCGACAUGACCACACAUCCUCUGACCAACAACAACAUCAAGCAGCGGCUCAUCAAGAAGGUCCAGGAGGCCGUGCUGGAGAAGUGGGUGAACGACCCCCAUCGGAUAGACAAGCGGCUGCUGGCGCUCAUCUUCUUAGCCCACUCCUCGGACGUGCUGGAGAACGCCUUCGCCCCGCUGCUGGACGACCAGUACGACCUCGCCAUGAAGAGAGUGAGACAGCUGCUGGAGCUGGAACCCGAGGGAGAGAGCAUGAAGGCCAACGCCAACGAGCUGCUGUGGGCUGUGGUGGCCGCCUUCACCAAAUGAGGCCCGAUCGCAGACGGCGGAUUGAUAUUACAGUGGCAUUGAACUCUGGGGAGGGAGUCAGACCCGACACGGUGAUUUGACUGAAAACAGUUCACCCUGCUUGGACUCAUGGAACGGGCUGCCCUCUUCCUCCCCUCUUUUCUUUUCCUUCCUGCUCAUCCUCCCCGUGUCCCCCGAUGUGUCCUUUCUGUGUUCACUUUGCUAGAAUAAUAACUCAUGGAGAGGAUGAUGGUAGGAGUGAGGCUGAAAUCAAGGGGUUGAUUCAUAUCUUCUUUUCUUUCUGUCGAGUAUAUCUUUGUUUCUCGGAGGUCCUGUUUGUAUGAGAACUCACCUGUGACGGUCCAGGUCGUUAAAGGUGAACUGGAGAUCUUUGAAAGUCUUGAAAUUGAUUUCUUCUGCCAAAUCUGAGUGAAAUGAUCAGAGUGGGGUGGUCGAUCGAAGAGCCUGAGCUCACUACCGAACACUGAGUCUGGACUGAUGUGGACUCAGCCAAUGCCUCGAAACACACUCGUCUAUUUUACAAACCUGCUUAACCAGGGACACAGGGGGCGGGGACUGUCCCAGCUCAAACUGGCCUGGGGGAGGGGCUUACCCCAGACAUGAAAACAGGCGAAGAUCCCAGAGUACUCACAGGGACCCCCCUGCUGGAUCUGAACUAAGGGUUUUCCUGGCUGUGAGGACGAAGCGCUGACCGCAGAACCACCGUGCCGCCCGUCAUUCCAUCACCAUCUCUCCUAGUGUGACGCAUCGCCAUUUGUCACCCGGACGAUAAGCAGAGACAUGAAAGGAGGCUAACUUUACCCAAAGUCUGUGAUGUCUUCAGUAUUAAAGGUGUAUUCAGACCACAAGCAGAGGAUGAGGUCCGACAGAUCUCAGCUGACUCACCUGUUCACUACAGUGAAACUGAGACUCAGCUGCACAGCUAAAACAGAACUCUGGUAGUUGGUGUCCGUCUGAGAAAUCCUGGUCCGGAUCCUAGCUAACCAAACUGGACUCUGGUCAGCCUCAAGUAGAGGGAAGCAGCAGGAGAGAUAAAGUUCAUGGGGGAGGUGUCGUUAACCCAGUUGAGAGAGAGACCAUGUGAGGGAUCGUUAACCCAGCUGAGAGAGAGUCCAGGUGAGGGGACAUUAACCUAGCUGAGAGGGAGUCCAGGUGAGGGGACAUUAACCUAGCUGAGAGGGAGUCCAGGUGAGGGGACAUUAACCCAGCUGAGAGAGAGUCCAGGUGAGGGGACAUUAACCUAGCUGAGAGGGAGUCCAGGUGAGGGGACAUUAACCAAGCUGAGAGGGAGUCCAGGUGAGGGGACAUUAACCUAGCUGAGAGGGAGUCCAGGUGAGGGGUCGUUAACCCAGCUGAGACAGAGACCAGGUGAGGGGACAUUAACCCAGCUGAGAGAGAGACCAGGUGAGGGGACUUUAACCCAGCUGAGAGAGAGACCAGGUGAGAGGACAUUAACCCAGCUGAGAGAGAGACCAGGUGAGGGGACUUUAACCCAGCUUAGACAGAGUCCAGGUGAGGGGACAUUAACCCAGCUGAGACAGAGUCCAGGUGAGGGGACAUUAACCCAGCUGAGACAGAGUCCAGGUGAGGGGACGUUAACCUAGCUGAGAGAGAGUCCAGUCAAGGGGACGUUAACCCAGCUGAGAGAGAGUCCAGGUGAGGGGACAUAAACCCAGAUGAGAUAGAGUCCAGGUGAGGGGACGUUAACCCAGCUGAGAGAGAGUCCAGGUGAGGGGUCGUUAACCCAGCUGAGAGAGAGACCGGGUGAGGGGACAUUAACCCAGCUGAGAGAGAGUCCAGGUGAGGGGACGUUAACCCAGCUGAGAGAGAGUCCAGGUGAUGUCAGCUGAACGGGGACAGGAUGGAGUUUUCUUCACUGACGUUGAUGCUCUUGGUCUGAACACACCUUUAAUCUUCUCUCCUGUUUUAUUCGUUUGAAAAAACUUUAAAAGUGAAAAACCAAACCUGUUGAAGACCUUUAGAUGGACUUGUGUCCGAUAUUGUGUAAAAAAUAAACCGUGUAGAAUGAUACAGAUUCCUAAAUUCUGCAUCAGGUGAAGGAAUUCUGAAACACAGGAAAUGAUUUCAUCCUGCUUCACUGUGGCCAGUACUUCUCUGUGUUUGGGUAAUGAUGCAUGGACUAAGACUGAGAUUAUAUUUAAUCUGGAUGCACUUAACAAAACCUGGUUCCAUUCAGGACUCCAGUGUGGUAGCAGGUCAUAGAGAAAGUCUCCUUGUGCGGGUCCAGCGUGGUGAUGCUCCAUGUUUGUAUGUCGUGGAGUUGAUUGAGGGGACACCUCUGUGCUCGUGUCUCUGCUGGGGUUGAACAAACUCAGGAAAGCCGAUGGAUGGACGGUAGCUGAUUGGUUGAAUUCUAACAGAUGAAACGGACUGUCUCUUAUGAAUCAAAUCAAAAAUAAAGGAAUCUAAGGUGGGUUAAAGGAG